CUCCUGCUAUUUAUUUAAAAGAUGGAGCGGGGGGAGAGUAGUCUGAAUUGGGUUCCGGUCAUAUGACCGGCUCACACAUCGCACUCAUUCGCUAGCCGCGUGCGUUUCCAAGGCCGCGCGAGCGCCGCAUCGGUCGGUAACUGCGCUAUAUCGGCAGAGAGCGACGUCUCGUGCAUUCAGCGUCCCGCUGGCUCCACCGUGUCUGUGCGCGCGCUCAUCUUGGUCAGAUGAUGCCCUGUAAGGGCAGCUAUUGGCUCCUGUCUCAGACCUUCCCCGAGGUGAUUGGUGGAGUGACGGAGCACUCAGCACGUGACCUCUACAGUGAGCUUCCUCCCGCUCCGGAAGAAGACGGGAGUGGUUGUGCUUUAUAAACCCUGUGUGAGGUGAAAGGAAUGUCGGUCAUGGUGCAGGAAUGGAGCAGAGGUACAAGUUGUAAGACUGUUGCAGUGCCAUUCAUCCAUCCUGAGUUUAUAAGAUCAUCUUCACACCGUAAACACCCCGGAGUGACCAACCUUAAAACCCUCCAACUUCCAAAGGAACUGCAAAAUGGAGCACUGUCUGUGAUCUACAAGUCGGAGAUGAAGGAUCUUUCAGAGAGAGCGCACAAGCUGACAAACUUCCUAUGGAGUAGGAAACGAGCUGUAGAGAGCCGUGAACUGAGAGAAAGAGCAAACAAACUGGAGAAGAAGUGGAAGGAGAAGGUGGAGGAGCAGGAGAGCAAUAAAAACCCAGCCUCCUUUGACACUCGAAUCAGGAAGAAAGUUUUAUCAGAGCUGAAGAGAACAACAUACCACUGGACCCCUUUAAAGUACGACGCUGAUCUCGCACUGGUCUACAUGCUUGCCAGGUUAGCAGGUGGCUAUGCUGCUGUGAUGAGGGCUCUUUUUGAGAUAAAGAAGAGAGACUCGUCAUUCACUCCUCGUUCACUGCUGGACUUUGGCUCUGGAGUGGGCAUGGCUCUGUGGGCUGCACACACACACUGGGGAGACUCUCUGAAGGAGUAUGUGUGUGUCGAUGCCUCUGCAGCCAUGAACAGUCUGGCUAAGAGACUUCUCACAGGAGACAGUGAAGGAGACGAGCCUCUCAUCAAACACGUUUACUUCCGCCAGUUUCUUCCUGUUUCUCCAAAGGUUCAGUCUGAUUUGGUUCUUGCUGCUUUCUCAUUAUCAGAGUUGCCCAGUCAGGAGGAGCGAGAGGAGACACUGCUCACACUGUGGAGGAAAACACACUCCUACCUGGUUUUAGUAGAAAACGGAACAAAAGAAGGGCAUCAGAUCAUCAUGGAGGCCAAAGAUGUCUUACUGAAGAGGGAAGAGACAGUGAGUGGUGUUGGGAGGCCGGUGGUGUUUGCUCCUUGCACUCAUCAGCAGCCAUGUCCCAAACUACUGAAGCAGCCAAUCACACCCUGUAACUUCCUGCAGCCAUACUUCCCACUUCCUUUGUCUGGGAACAGUGACCCUGUACAGGAGCGAUUCAGUUAUUUGGUGUUGUCGCGGACGGCGCUUCAGGAGUCUGAGGCAGUGCAGUGGAGCAGAAUCGUUUCUCCUCUCAGCAGACAAGCAAGACAUGUGCAGUGUACCAUCUGCUGCUCCAACGCACAACUCCAACAACUAGCCAUUACCGCAAAGCAUCAUGGGAGAGACUCGUACCGCUGCGCUCGCAGCAGUGACUGGGGAGACCGACUGAACACCGUCCUCACCGACACACACACACAGAGACACAUAGAGACAAAAAAGACGGAGUAGUGAACGAGAGAAACACACUCAGAAACACAGAGCAGUGAACAAGUGAAACACACAAGUAAACUUCCUGUCAGAUGUGCUGAAGACCUGGUUCUGCUGGUUCCUGAUGGGUUCCGAUUGUCUGUAGUGGUAAUGAAAGCAGGACAUGUCUGCUGGAGAACACUGAACUCAGAACCCAUUAAUUCUGAAAUAUAUCAAGACAAUGGUCAUGAAUUACCCAGAAUGCUAAACAUGGUGGAUGAAGCGGUUUAUUAACUUUUGCAAAUAAAAGCCGAUGUUUCGAGAA